AUGGCGGAUUCCAAGAAGAAUAAAGCUAAAAACUCUAAAGAUGCAUCGUCGACUUCAGCUGCGGCAAAAACUAAAAAUGCCAAGCCUACGAAGGAGGAUUUACGUUCGAAAAAGCUAGAUGCUAUUAAACAGAAGCUUGAGCGUCAGCGUCAGGAGGAAGAACGUCUCCGUAAGGAGGCUGAAGAGGAGGAGCGUCGUUUUCAGGAGGAACAGCGCAAGAUAGAGGAACAAAAACGGAUUGAGGCGGAGAAACGCGAACGUAGAAAACAAAAGGAGAAGGAAAGGCGUCAAAGAUUGAAGGAGGAAGGAAAGUUAUUAACAGAUAAAGAGAAGGAAAAUAGAAGAAAGGCUAUGGAACUUGCUCAGGCUCGAGGUUUGAAUGUGCAAACUAUGAGAAAUAAUGCGAAGAAAACCACCUACACCAAACCCAAAAAGAGACCUCAGUUUCAGCAACAGCAGGUUCAAUCAUCUUCAGCUACUGAUGGUGACAAGCCCGAACCAGCUGCUGUCGAAGAACAGGUUGAUGAAGUCCCAGAUGAUGUGAAUUCCGCAGAGGAAAAAGGUUGGGAAGAUCUGGCUGCAGAAUUAGAGUUGAUUGAAAAAGAAAGCGGCAAAGAUAGUGAAAUCGUUGUUUUUGAUGAAGCUGUUCUUAGUGAUAAAGAAGAGGUUAUUGUCGAUCCUGAGGUUAAACAAGUCCCUUCAAUCUCCCCGACUACCUCAAGAGAUACUUCUGCGCACGAAAUUUCCGACAAGUCCUUUUCAUUGAAAGUGUCUGAAGAUCAACUAACCGAAGAAGAUAAGCGACGGUUGAUCGAGGAAGCAAAGACUAGGCUUACUAACCAUCAGAAGAACAUGGAAACCGCAGUCACUGAAAGAGUUCUCAGAUCAGGUGUCAUUUGUGUUAUGGGACAUGUCGAUACCGGCAAAACUAAGAUACUCGAUAAACUCCGUAACACUAAUGUGCAACUUCGAGAAGCUGGUGGUAUUACACAGCAAAUAGGAGCAACUAAUGUUCCAAGAGACAAUAUUGUCCACGCAACCCGUAUGUGCGAUUACUUCAAACCGGAAGAUCUAAAAAUGCCAGGUCUUCUGAUCAUCGACACUCCUGGCCACGAAUCCUUCAGCAAUAUGCGUAUUCGUGGCUCUUCUUUAUGCGAUUUUGCUAUUCUUGUUGUUGAUAUUAUGCACGGUAUUGAGGAACAAACUAAGGAAUCUAUUGAAAUCCUUCUUAAACGUCGAACUCCCUUCGUUGUUGCUCUUAAUAAAAUCGAUCGUCUGUAUCAAUGGGAGAGCUAUCCAAACUUAUGUGUACAGGAGGCUCUUUCCAAACAAAAGGAUGUCACAAUGAAGGAUUUUAACGAGCGGUUCAAAGCGGUUGUCCAAGACUUUGCCAUGAUGAAUUUAAAUGUAGAGCUUUUCUACAGGAAUGAAAACUCUGCUGAAUACAUCAGUAUGGUCCCCACAUCAGCUCAUUCUGGUGAUGGAAUGGGUGAUCUCUUGGCCUUCAUGUGUAAAGAAAUGCAACGUCGACUCUAUAAACGUCUCACUUUUUCGGAGGAACUUAAAGCCUCAGUUAUGGAGGUCAAAGAAAUCGUCGGACUGGGAACAAGUUUGGAUGUUAUUCUUGUGAACGGCCGUAUCCGCGAGGGUGACACUAUUGUACUCGCAGGUCAGGAAGGUCCCAUAGUAACCACCGUUCGUGGUGUUCUUAUGCCCGCCCCGAUGUCUGAACUACGUGUCAAGGGCAACUACGCACAUCUCAAGGAAGCCGUUGGUUCCUGCGGUGUUAAAAUUAUCGCUCGUGAUCUCGAAAAAGCCCUUGCUGGUCUUCCUCUUUACGUUGCAACUGAUCUCGCUGAACGCCUUUAUUAUAGCGAAGAAGUGACACAUGGUCUCAAAAGCGCACUUACCUCGAUUUCCGUCAGUCCUGUAGGAGUUUAUGUUGUAGCAAGCACACUUGGCUCUCUUGAAUCAUUGCUCACUUUCCUACGAAAUACCAACAUUCCGUACUCUGGUAUAAGCAUCGGUACAGUGCACAAAAAGGAUGUUAUGAAGGCAUCGAUAAUGGUGGAACGUGAUAACAAGUACGCUGUCAUUCUGGCCUUUGAUGUACGUGUUGACAAGGAUGCCGAGAAGAUGGCUGCCGAAGUUGGCGUUAAAAUCUUCACUGCCAAUAUUAUUUACCACCUUGAAGCUAGUAUGAACGAAUAUAUGGAAAAUAUCCUACAAGAGAACCGCAAGAAGCAUGCUGACCAGGCUGUAUUUCCAGUAAAACUACGUAUCCUUCCCGAUAUGGUGUUCAAUAAGCGAGCCCCGAUUGUCAUGGGUGUAAAUAUUGAGGCGGGACUUUUGCGGGAGGGUACCCCAAUUUGCGUCCCGUCAAAGAAUAACAUUGUUCUUGGCCGGAUUGCUUCAAUUGAAAGCAAUCACAAAACUGUGUCCGAGGCACGUACCGGCCAGGAAGUGUGUAUUCGUAUCGAUCCUAUUGAAGGCGAAGCACCGAAAGCUUACCGUCGGCAUUUCGAUCAUACGGAUACGCUUAUAUCGAAGAUAUCUCGCGAGAGCAUCGAUGUGAUAAAGGAGUUCUACCGCAGUGAUUUGAACAAGGAAGACUGGAAGUUGGUGAUGGAGCUUAAAAAGAUGCUCGCUAUCAUAUAG